AUUCCUCACACUGGAUCUAUUCCAUCUCCGGCGGCUUCCCAAAUGAGCAAUAUGUCCAACCCCAACAAAUCUAUCAAAUUUAUUGGAGGUCGUGAUAGGGGCAGAAAAAUAAAAGGCCUCAAGAUUUCUCCUGGCCAGCAUGGUUCUGGAAAUCCGUGGUCUCUAUUUGAAGAUCAGGCGCUUGUUGUCCUGGUGCAUGAUAUGGGCCCUAACUGGGAGCUCAUUAGUGAUGCCAUGAACAGCACUCUUAAAAUUAAGUGUAUAUAUCGCAAUCCAACUGAGUGCAAGGAGCGUCAUAAGAUUCUGAUGGAUAAGAAUGUUGGUGAUGGAGCUGAUAGUGCUGAAGAUUCAGGGAAUUCUCAGUCUUAUCCAUCUACUUUGCCUGGCAUCCCAAAGGGAAGUGCGAGACAGUUGUUUCAACGACUGCAAGGGCCAAUGGAGGAAGAUACCCUGAAGUCUCAUUUUGAGAAGAUUUGUUUGAUUGGGAAGAAGUUACAUUAUAAAAAGACACAGAAUGAUGGUCGGGAUCCCAAACAAAUAGUACCAGUUCACAAUUCACAAGUCAUGGCUCUUUCUCAAGUAUUCCCGAAUAAUCUGAAUGGAGGUGUUCUUACGCCCCUUGAUGUCUGUGAUGCAUCAACUUCAGGUCAAGAUGUAUUUUCACUUGAAAAUCCAGGUCUUCCAAUGUUGAAUCAGGGAACGCCAGUGCUCCCUACUUCUGGAGCACAUCCAUCCACUCCUGGAUCAUCUGGUGUGGUUCUCAGCAACAAUUUGCCAACCACAUCUGGCCUCCAGAGUGCUUCUGUCAGGGAUGGUAGAUUCAACGUUCCUAGAGGGUCUUUGCCACUUGAUGAACAACACCGACUACAACAAUUUAACCAGAUGUUAUCCGGUAGAAACCUGCAGCAACCUUCCUUAUCAACUCCUGGAGCUGUCUCAGGAGCCGAUCGUGGACAUCGCAUGGUUCCUGGUGGAAAUGCUAUGGGUGCAAGUGGAAUGAACAGAAGCACACCCAUGUCAAGGCCUGGUUUUCAAGGGAUGGGCUCCUCAGCAAUGCCAAAUACUGGUAGUAUGCUUUCCUCUGGUAUGGUAGGAAUUCCAAACACUGGAAAUAUUCAUUCCGGAGGAGGAGCUUCUCCAGGAAACUCCAUGCUCAGGCCUCGUGAAGCUGUGCAGCAUAUGAUGCGGAUGCAGGGUGCUCAAGGGACCAGUCCGGGGAUCCCAGCUUUCGGUGCUUUGAGUUCUGGAUUUACCAACCAGACAACUCCUGUUCAGGCGUACCCAGGCCAUCUUUCCCAGCAGCAUCAGAUGUCACCGCAGUCACAUGUGCUUGGCAACUCGCAUCAUCCUCAUCUCCAAAGCCCAAGUCAAGCUACUGGGGCACAGCAGGAAGCAUUUGCUAUCCGUCAAAGGCAAAUACACCAGAGGUUUUUGCAGCAACAGCAACAGCAACAGUUUCCAACAUCUGGUACUAUGAUGCCACAUGUACAACAACCUCAGGGCUCUUCUGUUUCUUCUUCUCCACAAAACAGUCCUCAGACUCAACCACCCGUUUCGCCCCAGCCAUUAUCGAUACCCCCAGUGUCGACCUCUCCUAAUAUUAAUGCUUUGGCACAACAGAACCCUCAAAAAUCUCAGUUGCCGCUUCAUGGUCUAGGUAGGAGUCCUCAGUCUGGUGCUUCCGGAGUGAACAAUCAAGCUGGAAAACAACGGCAGCGACAACUUCAGCAACAGUCUGCGAGACAACAUCCACACCAGCGGCAGCCAACACAAGGUCAACAGCAGAGUAAACAAUUGAAGGGGAUGGGUAGAGGCAACAUGAUCCAUCAGAACAUCACUGUUGAUCAGUCACACCUGAAUGGUCUCACCAUGGCCCCAGGAAAUCAGGCUACCGAAAAAGGAGAGCCAGCGGUUGCAGUUAGGCCAGAUCAGCAGUCUAACGCUGGGACUACUACUAGCACGCAUCUGCCAUCUAAACCAUUUGUUCCUCCCUUGUCUUCAAAUCAUUCACAGCAACUGCCAAAAGCUUUCCCUGGUACUUCGUCUCCGUCCCAACAACAGAUGCAAUUACAUUCAGAAAAUAGCAUCCAAAGCCAGAGCUCACCUGCGACCCCAUGUAACACCUUAUCCACCUCUAGUCCGUCAGUUACACCUUCUAACCAUCAGCAUUUGUUGCUACACCAAAAGCAGCGUAAUCAAGUGCAAUCAACAGCUCAGCGAGUUAUUCAUCAUAAUCAUCUAGGGAACUCUGAGUUAUCAAAGAAGUCCCAAGCUGAACGUAUGCCACGUGUUCCGCAGUCUGUCACCAAUACCACCCAAACUACUAGUAUGGGUACGACGAAGGGUAUGCCUCCAGCGAGUCAUGAUUCGAAAAACGUAAAAGCAGUUGGUUCUACUGCGGUGCCUGCUUUGGAAUCUCCAUCUAGUGCUGCCUCUGUGCAAAGCACAGCUUCUAAAGUAGUAAACAGUUCCAAUACAGAUUCAGCUGGGAAUGAUCCAGUAACAACAACGAACCAAGGACUAGCUCAAAAGCAUGUAUCUGGUGGCUUGCUGAGUCACGGGAUAAAGGCUGUGACACAGAAACAACAGUCUCUACCUUCAGAAGAAAAGAGACCGAAGUUGUCAGAGAAGCUGAGUGUACAAAAUCAGAAACACCUUGCUUCUGAGCAGCAGCAGCAGCCUCAAUUAGAAGAAUCACAAGAAGUAUCAUCUUCGAAGCCUCCUGAUACAAAAGUGGAAUGAGAGGCAUAACAGAUGAUGAACCUAGAAUCUUGAGUAGCUGUAGACCCUGCAAAGGCUUAAUAGGGAAGAAGAUGGUGGAUAGGAUAAAAAAUUCAUGCAGGUCUUUUUGCCUCUUUUGAACACAGAGAGAGAGAAGGUAUAUCAUAAUGUAAAUUACCACUUGCAUCAUAGAGAAGUAGUCUCUUCCGUCCUUCUUCUUCUUCCCAUCUUUUGGUUUGGGAGAGAGUAGAAACAGUUUAUAAUGUUAUGUACAGAAAAGUCUCUACUCCUCCACCCACUUUUUUUUUUGUUUCCCCCCCCUUUUCCUCUAACUUCUCUUGUAGGUUUAGGUUAAUUUGAUGAUGUAUCAUUGUUCUGUCUCUUUAAUCUCUUAUGGUUAAAAAAAAAAGUUCACA